ACAACUGCAUCCUCACCUAGCCUCCUUCCCCUGCUUCCUCCAUCAGAUUGGUUUGUGAAGAGGGGGGGCGGGGGAGGGGGGGGACUGAGGCGAUGUCGUUUUGGCCCCCUUUCAGAUCUCCUGAGAGCGUCAGAUGAAUAAAGUCAUUCAAAUUCACCGGAGCUGUAUAAAAUAACGGAGAUCUCUCUUCCUCUCUCUCUCUUUUAAACUCGUCCUAAAAUGGCAACCAUGAGUGACCAGGGAGGAUCAAAAGACGCAUUCGGGCGCAAGCCCGCCUCGCGGAGAAAUUAACCACCUGAUGGGCACCGGAGGAACCGAGGAGAGACUGUUUAGGUGUCGCUUGUUGACUUGGUGAUUUACAAUGCUGAGCAAAUAAGGGGCGCUGCAAGUUUGACCGAGCGUCUGCGUAACAGGCUAUGCCACCGGCCUUUACAUCUGAUCUUUUUCCUUCUUUCUUUCUUCUUCUUUUUUUUGGAUAUGGUAAUGAUGUCAUGAAAUACCGGAGGAGGGGGGGCUGUACCUAAACUGGAAGAGAUGGCAAUCAGUAUCAUGUAAGUAGGAUACAUGGGAUUCGCUCAGCAUGGACCCAUUUGAGGUGUGUUUGCUAUUCUGACUUUCUCGCAUUCACGACUGAUUGGUCGAGAGGCUUCAUGCCUCAUUUUGUCUCCCUGCGCGCGCUGAGCUGCAACUUUUGUCCUCUGGUCUGCGUCCACAUCACAGCGCGCGAGCGCUUACUGUAAGCGUCCGCGGACCGAAGCGCUCACUGACUUAAAAUGGAGUUUGCCAUGGUGGGCGCGGACGGUGGGUGCAACAGCCACCUGCCUUACGGAUAUGCCCAGGCUCGCGCGCGGGAGAGGGAGCGCGAGAGGGAGCGCCAGGCUGCCCACACCAGAGCGGCGGCCGCAGCGGCUGCUGCCGAAGGUGGAACGUGCACGGAGGGAGGUGGAGGAGGUAGCUGCGGUGGCGUCGGAGGGUCCACCUCCAACACCUCCUCGAGCGCUCAUCUCCUUAACAACCGCCAGCAUCAGUCUCGCGCCGCCUCCUCCGCGAACGCCAACAUCAGCAGCGGCGGUACCGCCUCGCGCCCCUCCCCCUCCUCCUUCACCUCCACCACCACCACCUCCACCUCCUCCUCGCAGCAGAACCAGCAGGAGCCCGAGCAGCAGCAGAGAUUUGUCCGAGAGCGGAAAAAGCAGCGCGGCGUCGGACGCUGGAGACGGAACCGGGGUACUCUCGGUGGGGACCUGCGCCACUCCGAGCUGGCUCUGCUCGGAUCCGAGGAGGACAUCAUGAUAGAGGAGGAAGAGGCCGAGGGAGCCGAGGAAGAGGAGGAGGAGGAGGGGGAGGGGGGCGGGGGCGACCGGGGGAGCAAAAGGUCGAGUUUUUUGUGCAACAUGGAUGAUGAGGAGGAGACCGUGUCGAUCACCGACAGGCGGCCCCAGUCCGGAUACGAAAACGUUUACAGCGAGUGCGGCUGCUGCGAGAGAGUUGUCAUCAACGUGUCGGGUCUGAAGUUUGAAACUCAGCUCAAGACGCUCACUCAGUUCCCGGACACGCUCCUGGGAGAUCCGGACAAGAGGAUCAGGUACUUCGACCCGCUGAGGAACGAAUACUUCUUCGACCGGAACCGACCGAGUUUUGACGCCAUUCUUUACUACUACCAGUCAGGCGGGCGCUUAAAAAGACCAGUCAACGUCCCAUUUGACAUAUUUUCCGAGGAGGUCAAGUUUUAUGAACUCGGGGAGGAGGCGAUACUAAAGUUUCGGGAGGAUGAGGGCUUCGUCAAAGAGGAGGAGAAACCUCUGCCGGAGGAUGAGUUCAAGCGCCAGAUUUGGCUGCUCUUUGAGUAUCCGGAGAGCUCGAGCCCUGCCAGGGGGAUCGCGGUCGUGUCCGUCCUUGUUAUUGUCAUUUCUAUUGUGAUUUUCUGCCUGGAGACGCUGCCGGAGUUCAGGGAUGACAAAGAGUAUCUACAGCCACGAAACAACUCCUCUCAAGCCGAUCACGGAUUUACUCCUUUUAACGACCCUUUUUUCGUCGUGGAAACGGUCUGCAUCAUCUGGUUCUCGUUUGAGAUUAUAGUUCGCUUCUUUGCCAGUCCGAGCAAAACUCUCUUCUUUAAAAACAUUAUGAACUCCAUAGACAUUGUUUCCAUUUUGCCUUAUUUCAUUACUCUCGGCACGGACCUGGCGCAGCAUCAGGGCAACGGACAGCACGCGAUGAGUUUCGCCAUCCUGAGAAUAAUCCGCCUUGUCAGGGUGUUUCGCAUCUUCAAGCUGUCCAGGCACUCUAAGGGGCUGCAGAUCCUGGGUCACACCCUGCGCGCCAGCAUGAGGGAGCUGGCCCUCCUCAUUUUCUUCCUGGUCAUAGGUGUCAUCCUGUUCUCCAGCGCGGUGUACUUCGCCGAGGCGGACGAACCCACCUCGCAGUUUACGAGCAUCCCGGACGCGUUUUGGUGGGCUGUAGUGACCAUGACCACAGUGGGUUACGGAGACAUGAAGCCCAUCACUGUGGGUGGGAAGAUAGUGGGCUCCCUCUGCGCGAUCGCGGGCGUGUUAACCAUUGCGCUCCCGGUCCCGGUCAUAGUGUCCAACUUCAACUACUUUUAUCACAGGGAGACCGAUAACGAGGACCAGUCGCCGGUGGUGGAGAGCAUGCCCCCGGGCUGCCCGUACUUCCCUGACUUUCUAAGAAAAUUCAAAGGCUCGCCCUCUGGCUCCUCGCUCGGUGACAAAGCGGAGUAUAUGGAAAUGGAGGAGGGGGUGACGGAGUCGCUUUGCGGGCUGGACAAGAGCCCCAGUAAAGGAAACGGCACAGACAUAAGCAGAAAAAACAGUACUAACUCAAAAUCCAUUCAGACUGACGUGUGAUUACAAUUAGAGUUUAUUAUUAUUAAUUAUUUUUCCUGAAGAAGAAGAACACGCCCUAUAAAGAUAAUUUUGAACAUCAUUUCUGCCCAACAGCAGGUGACCCCCUCCCGCCCUCACAUCCCCAACACAAGUUUGAAACACGCCUCAGACACAGACACACACACACACGCACAUUCAUGCCACUGAUUGGCAGGUUGUGAUGCUUCUCUCUCUUUCUCCUGUUUUUAACCAUCGCGCACUUCUCUAACAGCAGCCUUUCCCCCAAACCAUCUUCACCACACACCAGUCUAUUUGUUCAUCUAAGCUGUGCGGGCUUCCAAAUCUGACAUCAAAUUGAAAUUCUAGUAAAGACAGGCUAUGCAUUCGCACUUUAUGAGUUUCAUCUGUCAAUAACAGAUAUAGGGAUGAUCGUUUUUGCUGUUAUGCAAUAAAGUUCAAAAUCUGUUUGCACUAAUGUAGAUUUUUUUUUGCGCUGGGUUUUGACAGAUUUGUAUUCAGAGACAGAAGCUGUAGGCCAUGAAAGUGGCGCGUAUUUAGUAAUCCUCUGACCACUUCGCUAAAGAAUGUUUGAACAACUUCCUCACAGAGAGCAGACUAAGGAUAUUAAUAAUCCCCUUUAUAUGCUGCCAGUAAAACUAAAGAAAAAAGAAAAAAUUGGAAACGAAAAUACGGAUAAGUCUUUUGUAACUGUUCCAGUAUUUAACAUUAAAGAAAAGCUAACUGAUAAGACAGCAUUUAGUAAACCAGGGCUACAGUUAUUUCUAUGACACCUACACAACUAUGUUUUUCCACAACAGGCCAAAAGAAAAAAAAAGCCUUCUAUUGCUGACCCACUGCGAGAGCUAAGCACAGGAAUCAUCAGUUUAUAAAAUGGCUGGAGAAAUGACUCGCCCCAGGUUUUGUAUGGACAUGCUUGUUGGAAACUCGGCGACAGCAGUUUUCCCCAGUUUCAUUUAAACCACCUCAAAAUGACAAUAUCCCUUUACAAGGAGGCAGAUGGAAAGUUAAAGCAAAAAUGACUCAUCGUGGAAAGUCAUUGGAAGGGAGCUUGCGAGCAAUUUUCUCUCCUGUCUGCUGGACUUCGUGCACAAUUCCUCCCCCCCCCACCCACCCCGCCUCACCCCCCAAGAGGACUGCGAUUAUCUGCGAGCUCGGAGGAUCGUCAUGAUGUGGAUGUCUUCCAAGCGCUGCCAGUUACAGGGAGAGGGAGUAUCCCUGCACCCCGCCCGCAUCUCUGGAAAUCACAGAGAACAAGCAAAACGUUGUGACCGGUCAUCUUGAGCACAAGCGGACACUGAAAAGCAACAACCGGAUGACACUUGGCGUUUGGACAAUUGGAGGAGAGAGCUGCUGUAUGGUAUCAGUAAACAAACCCUCGAAGGCUGAGACUGGAGUUAGCGUGUGAGUGAGUCGCGGCCCAAAAUGAUUGCCUUAAUUACUACACAUGUAAAGAUGUAUGAAGUGAAGAUAACUAAGAAGACUUGUUCAAAAAUACAGAUGUUUUAUUUACAUGUGAAAAAAGUGUCUUGUAAGGAACAGAUGUGAAUAUUUUAAUAUGAUAGAGAUAAUGUUUGGUCGUAACGUCGACAUGUUUUAGUUGGGUCGGCUUCGUAGGUGUCAUAGGUUACUAAAUGGUGAGUUUGCUCUGCUUCUGUGCGGCCAGCAGUAUGACUUUUUUU